AAUGGCAUAGUGCGGAAGAUUUUAUUAUGAAGUUACUUCAAACAUAUGCCAACAUUUUCAAUUUAACUAAAUAAAUGCCUUAUCUAUUUUGGGGCCAUUCGUAAUACCUAUAUCUAUAGGAGUAUUCAAUUCUAUUGGAUUGGGUGCAUAGGGAUUCUAGAUUUUCAUAUUGUUAUUGGUGUUCAAUUAUGGAAAGAAAGUAUAUUAAUAGUAUAAUAAAAGGAUGCUUCAUUGAUGAAUUAACCUAUGUAAUUGGCAUAAUAUUUACUAAGUUCAAUAGAGAAUUUGAGAAAAAGAAAAUAGCCUGGUUAGGCAGCUGUAAAUGAAAAUUUGGUUUUAUUAUUGGGUCCAAUGAUGAUAUCAGGUUGUAAAAUAGGAUUACAUUCAAAGUAAAAUGAUAUGUAGAUCUAUUUUUAGAGAUUACAUACCAACAUUUGUCAAUGUAAUAAUUACUGUCAUUUCUUUAUUGAUAUUGAUGACAACAACUUAUUCUAAAACAAAAUAAGUGAGAAAGAUAGAGAAGGUGGCAACAGCAGAAUAAAUGUAGAAUUUUGAAGAUGAUUUUAUCAAUGUUGGAGAUGGAAUAUUGAUUAAUGUUGAACAAUUCUUUACAUAAAUUUAAAGUUCACUUAAAAGAGAAUCAUUUAUUAAGGUACUACCUUAAGAAAUUUUGGAAAUGGAUUUAACAAUUGAUGAACAUAAAAUAAAAGCUAAGGAUUUUUUAAAUUAAAAUAAAAAUAUUAGUUAAUAAAUUCAUAAGAAAUUAGUAACAAGAGGAAUUCCAAAAUUAAAAGUAUUUUUCUAUUGUCUUACAAUUUUAAUAAAUGUUGGAUUAUUAUUUUAGACAACUGAAAUGCAUUUAUGUGAUAUAGAUGUCUUUAAAAAUUUUAUGAUAUAAGUAUGGCAUAGAAAUUAGUAAUAAGUAACAUGUAAUGUAAGUUUGUUCUUUUUGCUUGCUUUAAUUACAAAGACAUUUGAUAUUAUAUUGCUAAUAUAAUUGUUUGUUUCAUCAUAUAUUUUUGGAUUUUUAUUAGGUUCUGUUGGAGCAGCUGCUUAAAUUGUAGUGAUAAUCCUUUUAACAAAAUUAAAGAGAGUAGAAGUUAGUACUGCAGAAGUAACAAUGACACUUCCCAUUAUCAUGUUUUCAGUAACAUUAUCAAGUACAAUCAUAUCUUUAGCUACUGGAAUGAUUCAUGAUGUAUGUGGAGUAAUUGCUAUCUUCUUAUUUUCUAUUAUUGGAUAAAAAAUAGUCAAACCAAAAGUCUAGAAAUUUGUUAAACCUCUAUUUGCAUUACAUCUUGCACUUUAUUUUUAGAUUAUUAUGUUAAUAGUCUUUAUAGUUACUUAAUUUUUAAGGAACAAAGAUAAAGGUUUGUAAGAGCUUUUUACACCAAGAGUUGUUUGUUUAGGAAGUUGA